AUCAUUCCAGCAUUUUACGCCGAUGGCGGACCCUUCAUGCCCCUUUCUUCUCCUCGCCGAUCUCAUUCCUCGGUUGGCACAAAAAUGGCAACACGUAGAUUUGGCUUGUUGUGAUUGUGAGGUCGUACCUUCUCUGCUUUCUUCGCUCUUCUCUUCUCUGAGAUGCUGAUUGAACUCCAGAGCAGAAGCCCCUCUUAUGGAGACUGCUGGUGUCCUCUUCAGACCAUCAUUUACUCCUUCCACAUUCAAUGCCGUGAGCGCUGUCCGAAAGCCGCUCGGUCCGAGGACCCACUCAUUCUUCAACUUUGCUAAUUACAGGAAACCCAGAACCUCUGCUCUCUCAGUUUCUUCUAAAACUCCACCAGACAAAGAAAGUCCCGAUUUUGAUUUCAAUCACGCGACUUCCCCGUUAAACCCCUACUGGGUUUCGGCCAGAGCCUUCAGAAGCGUCAAAGACCUUGCAGGUCUGUACUUCCAGAAAUUGGCUUCCACGGCACAAGCAUAUGGUGAGUCGGAGGGGGUUGUAGACAGUUGUAAUGGUAGUAGGUAUUUACAAAAUGGCGGAAUAGGAAUCGCUUUGCUAAGUUUGACUUACAGCGCUAAGGUCAAAAUCAGUCCUUUCGUCGCAACCUUAGCCGCGAACCCGACUUUCGUUUCGGGUCUGUUGGCUUGGUUUUUUGCUCAGUCGGUGAAGGUGGUACUGAAUUUCUUUGUGGAGAAAGUAUGGGAUUUGAGGAUCUACUUUGCCUGUGGAGGCAUGCCCUCUUCUCACUCGGCUUUGUGUACUGCUUUAACUACUUCAGUGGCGCUGUGUCAUGGCAUGGCGGAUUCAAUGUUUCCGGUUUGCUUGGGUUUCAGUUUGAUUGUUAUGUAUGAUGCCAUUGGUGUACGACGACAUGCUGGCAUGCAAGCUGAGGUUCUGAACAUGAUAGUCGAGGAUUUGUUCCAAGGGCAUCCUAUUCGUAAGCGAAAGCUCAAGGAACUGUUAGGCCACACCCCAUCACAGGUCCUUGCCGGAGCUCUGCUCGGCUUUGCGGUUGCCUGUGUCUGUCAUCAGGUGUGCUUAGUUGCAGCGUGAUCUGUAUGAGAGCAAUUUCUGUGGGAUAGAAUUGAUGGUUUGCGAUCUGCUUGUGUACUCCGUUCCUCUUCAUGCUCCAUCAGGCCAAUGCAACAUAUCAUACUUCAUCAAAAAUCGAAAUUUGAUUCUGCUUUCCCCU